AUGUCUAAAGACUGGGACGACAUUGAGCCAGACCUCGAUGCCAAUGAUAUCGAUGCCCAAAUUGAGAGAGCACAUGAGAGAAUCCAAGACGGGAUCAUGCCUCACAUCUUUGAAAACAAGCUGAAGAACCUGAAUCGGCGGAAGAAAGAUCGCAAGAAAGAUCGCAACGAGAAACGCGCAGACCGGACUGGCCUAACUUUGCUUCAGCUUACAUUUGCUAUUAGGAUUCCGGGCGCGAAGGGUUACAAUGAAUAUGAAUUCAUAGAUGACACAGGGGCUUCUCUAAUGCUACUCUUCGAGAAUGAUGUCUGCAUACUUCCUGAACUGUCGCCGUAUUUACAACCACCACAGCUCGGGUCGACCGUGACCCAUACUGCAAACGGACGUGUCAAGGUGAAGACCAUCGAGCCACCAUCAUCCACGACAAUGUGCCAAUGGUGCCAUGGUACUCAGUACAGUCAAUAG